ACGCACACAGCCUGCCACACAGACACACACACAUACACACAGCCUGUCAACACCUGGGUGAACAAUUUCUCCCAUGAUGCCCUCUGUGUGUGUGCCCCUGUCCCUGGCGGCGGUGGAGGUAUGCCCAUCCACCAUUUCGCCAACUGCUGCAGCUCCUGCACGGCACUCAACCACUGCAUCGCUAUGUAUAGCCCCACGACUACACUGUUCCCGUACAAGAGCUGGACAACAACAGAACAAGGAACAACGCAAAGCUAACGGCAGAACUAGAUCCAAACGUGGACCUCCCAGGCCCGUCUCCGGGGUGUCGCCAUGGAAAUCUGGAUGUUCAGCUACACUUAGACUUGUCUCCGAGGGGUUGCCGUGGAAACCUGGAAAUUUUGUGCCUGAAGGAACCCAGAACAACAGGUGCAAUUCCUGUACUGGACCAGGGCGAUGGAACGUUAGCUGCAAAACAAGAUUCAAACGUGGACCUAGAACUGUCUCCAAAGAGUUACCAUGGAAACCUGGAUGUUUACCUAGACCUGUAUCUGUGUUGCCAAGGAAUCCUGAAACUUUAAGUGGAACUGUAUCUGACGAAACCCUCAACAGGUGCUGUGAUAGGAACAACAGGACGAGAACGAGCAGCUUUGCUAGCGUAGCACUGAUCGCUAGCCACAGGAAGUUUCUGAGACACCACAGGAAGUACCAUAGACACGUCCCUACAGUAACCAACAGCAGGAACAGGAGGAGAAGCAGGAGGAGGAUAGGCAGCACAGCUUUGGCUACCAAUUAUAGGAAGCCCCAGAGAAGACACAUCACUACGAACAACAAGAAGAACAACAGUAGCUAUGCUAUUGCUAACUUGAAUCAACUCUGCUACCGUCGAGCAGGUCAACCCUGUGACGGAGACCUGAUGAUGAGGGGGAUGAUGGAUGGCGAUGAUGAUGACGGGGGUGAUGGUGGUGGUGUUGAGGAUGCUGGAGAUUUGACGGAGCCCAAUAGUGGCUCUGAAUCAAACACUGAUGAGUCCAAUGCCAUGACCUGUUUUGGAUCCGACACUAAUGUGCCCUGUUCUGGACCAGACAGUGGCGAUGGGCCCAACAUGGCGUCACCGUCAGCACUACAUCCACUGAUGAUGGUGGCUGGGUCUGGUUCUGGCUCAGAGAGCCCUCAGCCCAAAAUGCCGGGUAAUUCUUCUGGAUCAGAGAAUGAUGAUGAACUCGAAGUUGAAGCUGUGCCCCUACGUGAUUCCGUAACAGAGAAUGAUGAACUCAAAAUGGCUUCCACCAUGUCUCUACAUGCAAUGGCGCGGGCUGAGUCUGGAUUAGAGAACCCUACACUGCUGUGUGGAUCUGGAUCAGACAAUGAUGAACUCAAAGUGGUAUCCACCGUGUUAUCGCCAACAUGGACUCACCAUCCAGUGACGGUGGGUCAUUCUGGUGCGGAGAGUGAGGACCCAGAAGGGGUAUAUAGUACAACACAUCCAGGGGGCCCACAUCCAUCGUCGGGGAGGGCUGAUGUGGAUCUGGAAGACUCCACAGAGCUCCACAGGCUAGAGGAGAGUUUGUGGCUGGCUAUCCUGAGUAAGGAGGGUGAGGGGAGCCUCACUCAGGAAAAGGAGGACAGUCCAUUCGUCAUCGUGCCGGAUCAGGAGACUGCACGUUCGUCGAGCCAAGCAAACGAGAGGUUGGAGGAAGAGGCGAGCUUGUCUUUAUUACUCAUCGGGAAUGAUAAGGAGAAUGUUGCUCAGGAGGAGGAGGAGGAGGAGGAGAGGGGAGAGGGUCCAGCCAUCGUCAUGGACGAACAGGGCAUUUGUCCACUGAUGGUGACAGACGAGGGUAGUGUGUCUUCAUCAUCAUCGAUCAUGAAAGAGGACCAGAGUGUAUCUAGGGAAGGCGAGGAUAAAAGAGAAUGCCGUGUGGAUCCUUUGACCAUUACGACGGAGAAGGAGGAGUGUGUGUGUCCAUUAGUCAUUUCGGAGAAAGAGAGAAGUGUUUUUCCAGCGAUGGCAAGGGACAAGGAAAGCGUGUGUUCAGCCUCCAUGACGAGGGACGAGGACAGUGUGUGUCCACCAGGGACUGUGACAGAAGACGAGGGUUCGUGCCCAGCCAUCUUGAAAGGAGAAGAGAGUGUGUGGCCGCCGGCGACCGUAAGAGCAGAUGACGGGGACAGUGUGUGUCCGGCCAUCAUUAAGGUGCGAGUGGAGGGCAGUGUGUUCCCAGUGGAGCGCCGCCUGCUGGCCAGCACAUGCGAGUACUUCCGUGCCCUGUUCGAGUCGGGCAUGCGCGAGAGCCGGCAGCCGGAGAUAUGCCUGCAGGGUCUCAGUGCCCGCGGGUUCCUGGUCACCCUGGGCAUCCUGCUGGGGUCGCGACCCCUACUCAGCGCAGACGAGAUCGUAGAGGUCAUCGAGGUUGCCGCCUUCCUGCAGGUGCAGUGCGUCACAGAGCACCUGAGUGACAUCAUCGACUCAGACAACUGCAUGCUAAUGUACCACACUGCUGCCACCUAUGGCCUGAUGGACCUCUUCCACAGUGCUGCGCUGUUCAUAAGGGACAUGUAUGCAGACCUGAAGGGAGAGCUCGCCUGUCUGCCCCAGGAGAUGGUCUCUUACGUGGAGUCGUUAACGCCAAGCUCCUACGCUAUGGUGGGCAGCCACUCAACUUCCACGGAGCUGUUUCAGGACACCUGCCGCACCGUGUGCUACCUGGACGAGGAGGACGACAUCUGGAGGAUCCUGACCACACUGCCCCUAGUGGCCAGCACCACCAACGCGGGCGUGGCCGUGCUCGACAACAAGCUGUAUGUGGUGGGCGGGGUGGCGGACGUCAACAAGACUGUCGUGGACGCCGGCUUCUGCUACGACCCUGAGGCCGACGUGUGGAGUGUGUUUCCGAGCCCCGCGCAGCUCCGCUACAAUGCUUCCCUGCUGGCCCACCAGGGGGGGUUAUACGCGCUGGGUGGAGAGUUCCAGAGGAAGACCAUGGCGUCUGUUGAGGUGUAUUGGCCUGAGCAGCGCACCUGGGCACCUGCCCCUCACCUGCCGAGGGCGGCGGCCAACGUUCCGUGUACCCGGGCCAUGAGCCGCGCCUUCAUCUGCCUCCUGAGGCCCAAGGACGCCACGGAGAUCUACGAGUUGUGUGGUGCGGGGGAGCAGCAGCGGUGGGAGCUGGUGACGACUCUGGUGCGGCCGCGUAGCUACGGCCACUACCUGGCCUCCCACCGCCAUCACCUGUAUGUGGUGCGCAACGGCCCCGACGAUGACUUCCUCAGGUGUGUGAUGGACUCCUACAACCUGGCGACGGGGCAGUGGAGUUCCAUCUCCGGCCACUACGAGGCGCUUUCCACGAUGGCGGUGCGUGGGGACUCCGCCUUCACGCUGAGCCGGCACGCCACGGAGGAGUACGGCAUCCGGGUCCCGGGGGAGCGGGAGCAUGGCGAGGAGCGCUGGAGCAGCCGCAAGGCCAGGAAGGGCUUCCCCCGCGUGGGCACCAUGUGGACCUUCCUGCUGAGGCUGCCCAGGAGGGAGCGGCCGCCCCUGGAGAGGGAGCUGCCCUCCGGACGCCAGGAGCUGAGGAGACACAGGAGGAGGACCAGCGAAGACCAGGCCUCUUGUCUACAGUGAUGAAUACAUUACAUUACAUUACAUUACAUUACACUGGACCAGCGAAGACCAGGCCUCUUGUCUACAGUGAUGAAUACAUUACAUUACUUUACUUUACAUUACAUUGCAGAACGCUGGAGUAGCCAAGACCAGGCCUCUUGCCUACAGUGAUGAAUACAUUACGUUACUUUACUUUACACUACAUUACAUUACAUUACAGAACACUGGAGUAGCCAAGACCAGGCCUCUUGC